ACACUUUAAUGUCCAGGCGGUCCCCUCUCUGCGCUGAGGGUGAAAAAUGUGGACGAUCUCUCAGAUUCAUUUUUCUUUGACGGAUGCGGCAUCUGUGGAAGGACUCGCGGUUUGUUGAAAAUGGCCAAAUCUGAACCUGAGAAGCAUCAAGGUGUAGUGGAAACCAGAGACGCUGCAUGAACUGGACAAUGUGUAAGUCUGCGACCGGCCUCUCGGAGCACUAGCGGUCCCACUGGGCAGGAUGAUCUACCUGGCUCACACCGGUCACCGGCAGUUCCUGGGCAUGGUCGCUGGGUUCCUGGCGUGGAUCGUCACCAUGGCCACCACCGGCCUCAACGAGUGGCGGCUGUGGCAUGUGGACGACGCAUCCGUCGUCACCUCGGGAGUGGCCUGGGUCGGCAUCUGGAGGGCGUGUUUCUACAGCCACGUCCUUCCGGGGGCGGAGCACUGCCGGGGCCUCAGCAUCUUGGACGCCUUUGUGCCGGUGGAGAUCUCCGUGGCCCAGGUGCUGAUGGUGCUGGCCGUGAUCUGCGGCCUGGCGGCGAACGUCAGCGCCGCGGUGGCUGUGAGGAUGGUCUACUUCUCUCUGGAGGAGCGAAAGAACAUCAGGCUGGUCUUCAUACUGGCUGGGAGCCUGUACCUGCUCACAGGGACGUUCUCCAUGGUGCCACUGGUGUGGAACAUGAACUCUGUGCUCGCCAACAGCACCAUCGACUUUCCUCCGGAGUUUCAUCUCCCUGCGGCCCCUGUCAGGCAGCAGGUCGGCUCAGCCAUCGGCGUGGGCCUCUUCGCCUCCCUACUGAUGUUCAUAAGUGGCCUGCUGUUCCUCUCCUACCAGUAUGCCUGGCACUCUCUGAGGUCAGAUGCCACCAGAGGCCCCAGAGGCACCAGCGACCAGCUCCGUGGCCCCUGGACGCUGGCGGCCAUGGCACAUAACUCUGAAUUGCCAAAUGAAGUCAACCGGGGCAGCGAUAACCCCGCCUUCCUCAUUGAAAAAGUCUCAUGAACUAACUUCAUUUGAUCUAAAAUCCUCGUUCGUCAGCUUCAACAUCCAAGUGAAAGAAAGAGACAGAAAAUGCCGCAGAAGAAAAUAAGUCACAUUUAAAUCACAGACAAGUUCCUGUUGUUAUUGAAGGAAGGUACGUCAACAUUUUGCAUCAUCCAGACUGACGGAUGAGAAUACACUGUCACUGGACCAUAAUCUGAAAAAUAAAAACACUACUAUUAGAAAGAAA